AGUCCUAAAUCUAACUACAGCCUCUUGCCAAUGUUGCUCCUGCUUUUUGUGCUCAUUCCUUGCGCUGUGGCACAAAACUACUGCGAUCCAGCUCUGUGUCCGGGCGGACUGCGUCAUGUGGUCUGCGGCAAUAGCGGCCGUUUUGUCAGUGGUUGCAGUGGGGAAUUUGUGCCGAUUGAUGGCCAUAUACCGCUGAUACUGCAGCUGCACAAUGAGAAGCGCAAUCUUGUGGCUGGCGGCGGUUUGACCGGGUUUCCCAGUGCUCUACAUAUGGCCACAAUGACCUGGGACUCGACACUGGCACAGUUGGCGGCCUACAACACACUGCAAUGUCGGAUGGCCCAUGAUGAAUGCCGGAAUACGCAGACCUAUCGCUAUUCCGGGCAGAAUCUGAGCGUACUCUACACCCGUAGUGGGGAUAUAUCCGAAUAUCUGCGUCAGCGUAUUCAGGGAUGGUUCGAUGAAUAUCGCUAUGCGACUAGUGCCGAUAUGGAGGUUUAUAGGCCACGAGGAGGACCCGCAAUCGGACACUUUACCACCAUGAUGAAUGAGCGUAAUAAUCGCAUAGGUUGCGCUAUCACCCGAUACACGGACUCGGGAGGAGUGAGUGCCACACUCCUGGCCUGCAACUAUGCGGUGACAAAUGUCCAGAAUAAUCCCAUCUAUAGGGCUGGUUCACCUGCCUCCGAGUGCAUCAGAGGUCGCAAUCCAAAUUAUUCCAAUUUGUGUGCGGAUAAUGAAGUCUACAGUUAUAAUACCUGGGCCGGUUAAAUCAUUAGUGAUAUAUUUCAGUUUUAAACUCGAUUUCCCCUGCAUGAAAAGUUCCCAUUAAAAUAAACCAUUAUUAUAUUUAA